UUCUCCUGCUGCUGCUGCUGCGGCUUCACUUUAGUCGCCCGGAGGCCGACGGGAGGCGAGCCUUUCACCUCCGCUCUUAUCGAGGUUUUGUGUCUAACUCUGAUAUGAAGCUGUCAAAGUUUGACACGCUGCUGUUCUGGAUGGUCUGCGCAAUGGCUGGUCGGGCGCUGUGCUCGGAGGACGAGACGCGUCUGGUGAAUCAUUUAUUCAACGGCUACAACAAGGUGGUGCGCCCAGUCAACCAUUUUAGCGAAGCGGUGGUGGUCACCGUGGGGCUGCAGCUCAUCCAGCUCAUCGACGUGGAUGAAGUCAACCAGAUUGUGACCAGUAACGUUCGUCUUAAACAACAAUGGACAGACGUGAACUUGAAUUGGAACCCUGACGAUUACGGCGGCAUCAGGAAGAUCCGAAUCCCUUCCUUGGACAUUUGGAAGCCCGACUUGGUGCUUUACAAUAACGCCGACGGCGAUUUUGCCAUCAUUCACGAGACGAAAGUUUUGCUGGAGCACACUGGCAAGAUCACGUGGAACCCGCCCGCCAUAUUCAAGAGCUACUGCGAGAUCAUCGUCCUUCAUUUCCCCUUUGACCUGCAGAACUGCAGCAUGAAGCUGGGCACGUGGACGUACGACGGCUUGCUAGUCGUCAUCAACCCGGACAGCGAUCGUCCUGACCUGAGCAACUUCAUGGAGUCUGGAGAGUGGGUUCUAAAGGACUACCGAAGCUGGAAGCACUGGGUCUCCUACACGUGCUGUCCUGACACGCCCUACCUGGACAUCACCUACCACUUCUUGAUGCUGCGCCUGCCGCUCUACUACAUCGUCAACGUCAUCAUCCCCUGCAUGCUCUUCUCGUUCCUCACCGGCCUUGUCUUUUAUCUGCCCACUGACUCUGGGGAGAAGAUGACGCUGUCCAUCUCCGUCCUGCUGUCCCUCACUGUGUUCCUGUUGGUCAUCGUGGAGCUCAUCCCGUCUACGUCCAGCGCGGUGCCUCUCAUCGGGAAGUACAUGCUGUUCACCAUGGUCUUCGUCAUCGCCUCCAUCAUCAUCACCGUCAUUGUCAUCAACACGCACCACCGCUCGCCCAGCACGCACACCAUGCCCGCUUGGAUUCGGAAGGUUUUCAUCGAAACAAUCCCCAACAUGAUGUUCUUCUCCACUAUGAAGCGUCCCAGCCAGGAGAUUCGGCAGAAGCGAUUGUUUCCCACUGACAUGGACAUCUCCGACAUCUCAGGUAACCCCGCGCCUACCAACGUCCCCUACCAGUCGCCCAUCAUCAAGAACCCCGAUGUCCGCAGCGCCAUCGAAGGCGUCAAAUACAUCGCAGAGACCAUGAAGUCGGACGAGGAGUCCAACAAUGCGUCCGAGGAGUGGAAGUUUGUGGCCAUGGUUCUGGAUCACAUCCUGCUGUGCGUCUUCAUGGCCGUAUGCAUCAUCGGCACGCUUGCCGUAUUUGCCGGUCGACUAAUCGAGCUCAACACGCUGUGAACAUCUUCCUCCAUGUCUCAUGUCAGAGUGGACAUUUUGGAUUGAUUUGGGCUUUGUGAGAUGGAGGUGUCAACGAGGAAGUGUUUUUUUUUUUUUAAUACGUUAUUUUUCAUGUUUUUUAUCAAUCAUGGUAAAGUCAUUGCUGUGUGGGCCAACAAAAAAACAAAUCACGGUCCACGAAAUGGAGUUUGCACACCCCAGCGCUAACGGCUAACGUCGCGUCUCGCGAUCUACGCUGGUCAUACUUGAAAUAAAUUUUGUUGCUUUUG